AUGCAGCUAGCUAACACUGCUGUACCUCAGCUCUUCAAAUAUGCCCAAGAACACAGCUUCGCCAUCCCCGCCAUCAACGUCGCCUCCUCCUCCGCCGUCGUCGCCGCCCUCGAAGCCGCCCAGAAGAAAUCCUCGCCGGUGAUCCUCCAGCUCUCGCAAGGUGGCGCCGCGUACUUCACCGGCAAAGGCGUGUCGAAUGCAAAGCAGGCGUCCUCCAUAGCUGGUGCGGUUGCCGCUGCGCACUAUAUCAGGGGGAUUGCGCCCAGUUAUGAUAUUCCGGUCGUGCUGCAUACGGAUCAUUGCUCGCGGCCGCUUCUGGAGUGGUUGGAUGGUAUGUUGGAUGCGGAUGAGAAAUAUUUUAAGGAGCAGGGCGAGCCGCUGUUUAGUAGCCAUAUGAUUGAUUUGUCGGCUGAGGAGGUCGAGUUCAACCUCCAAACCACAGCAAAAUACCUCAAGCGCGCCGCGCCGAUGAAACAAUGGCUGGAGAUGGAAAUCGGCAUCACCGGCGGGGAAGAAGACGGCGUCAACAACGAAAGCGUCGACAACUCCGCCCUCUACACGCAACCCGAGACCGUGCUCGAGAUCUACAACCUCCUGUCGCCCAUCUCCCCCUACUUCUCCAUCGCGGCUGGCUUCGGCAACGUCCACGGCGUCUACAAACCGGGAAACGUCGUCCUGCACCCCGAACUGCUCGCGCACCACCAGAAAGCCGUCGCGGACAGCAUCGGCGGCAAGGAUAAGAAACCGCUUGCUUUGGUUUUCCAUGGCGGCAGUGGCAGCACGAAAGAGGAGUAUACCCAGGCGAUCAGCUAUGGCGUUGUGAAGGUUAAUGUGGACACGGAUAUGCAGUAUGCGUUCCUCACCGGCGUGAGGGAUUUCGUGAGGGGGAAGAAGGAUUAUUUGAAUGGCCCCGUCGGCAAUCCCGAGGGCGAGGAUAAGCCGAAUAAGAAGUUUUUUGAUCCCAGGGUUUGGUUGCGCGCGGGUGAGGUUACUAUGGCUAAGAGGGUCGAGGAGGCUAUUGCUGAUUUUGGUUGUGCGGGGACUUUGUGA